CACGUCGCGACGACCGUCCGUAGCACUACGACGAGAGCACAUACGGCACGACGACAGUGGCUCCCACAAAACUGUCUCUAUCUGACUCUCGUUUUAAUCCAAUCUAAGUCAUAAUUAUUUGCUAAUUAGAGCGACUAAAUUGUAAACGAUUAAUGAGAUAAAUUUAUAACAAGAUAACGAGAUAAAAAUAAGUCGACAAAAGAGACUAAUUGUGAUAUAUUGGUUAUAAAAGAAGGUUUGUGUUAAAGCCGGGAAGCCGGAUGAGAAAAGCGUCAUUGUCGUGAGUGAUAUCGGUGAUCGUACGGAUUGUCCUUGACGUGUGGAACAAGAGAAAUCAGGUAGGCGACCAGUAUGAAGUGCAUUCAUUGAGACGACAUAAGAUACCUGAAUGCAAACGUGAUUGUCUGAAGCUGAGGGGGAGGUACAGCGGAGUCUGAAGAAUCAGGAAGUGUCGCCGCCACGAGGAAAAAGACGAGUGAGAUAGUGAGGUGGAGAGAAAUAAAGUGGAAAGCACAAGUAAAACGGCUGCCAAAGAGUGCGGCCUAAGGCCUGACGUGUCUACGUCUCGGUGUCCGUCGGCCCUUCGGCCGUGUCACUACUGUUCCACUGCCCCACACACCGCGGCCUCAUGAUUGGUUCAUUCUGGAACCUGUGCCGUGCGUGCCCUUCAAUGCCUAUUGAUAAGCAGCUCCAUUCGGAAUAUAGGAGCACGUACACAUGGCACGAGUACACAGGGCCGCACCAGGAGCACACAGUUGUUCGUCGUGCCCCUCAACCACCACCAACUUCCACGAAACAAGCAAGCACAAAGCUACAAUCGGCCAAGUCAACUGAGGAUGAAAAUACUGAAGGACCUACAUUGGAGCCGCCAUUGCCACGACGGAAGAAGUGUCCGGAACUCGCUUACAGACAUCACGAAUUUAUUACUGCAGCUGACAGCGACGGGAUUGAUGGAGUUGAUACCAAUGUUGUUGCUGAUAAGGUUCGAGAAGUGACAGGAAGUACAGCGUUGCCACCAAGUCAGCUGAGUAAAGCAAUUUCGCGAAUAAGUACGGAAUAUCGAUUGCAGUUUGCUUGGCCAAGACGAGCUCAACUGACAAACGGUGAUGCAAUUGCACCACUGCCAGCAGCUGGAGGUGCUGGUGGGAAUGCUGGUGGUCCACCACGAAAGUCAUUGAGUAUGGGUGCUCUAAAGCAAGGAAUAGCACCGUCUGGCCCAGCUCCAGUGCACAUGAGAAAACGGCCAGGCGAUGUAGAUCACAAGCGUGAUGGAGUCCAAGCAUCCGAGCUCGAACCGUUGGUUGGUAGUAAUGCUGAUAAUAUCGAUGGGGUUGUUCUUGAAGCUGAAGAACGUGAUGAAGAGCUUGCUGAACUCAAAGUUGCCUUUAGAGAAAGAAAGUCAGCUGGUAGAGGAGUGAGAAUCAUCGAUGACAAUAAAGUGAAGGAAAACAAUAAAAAUCGUAUGGAAAAAGCCUUUCCAACAUCCGAAAUCAUUGAACUUAGACGACUUGCUGAUGAGUAUAAGCAUCGAGACUGGGGCAGCGGUCUUGCAUCUGAAGAAGAAGCAUCCUUGUGGAAACGUGUGUCAAAUAACCACGCGCUCAACGCCUUGUCUCUCGCCAGAUCUGUUACAAAAGAAGAAAAAGAGAAAGAAAAUACAAGAAAGGUAGCGCCUGUUACAAAUACAAUGCCACCAGCUGGGAGACCAUCUUCCGUUCAAGCUAGACCUAUUUAUGAAAUCCUACAGGACGAUUUAAAAGCGGAUAACGAAAAAGCUAUCGCUCGAGCAAGGAAGGAAUUUUUGAUUCGCCAUCAUUUGGAUCGCACUACAGGGAUUUUUUCUAUUCGAGGCGAUGGAGCAUUACUGCCUUCUCCAACGAGAGAGAAGCUGGAGCCAGUGGUGCCACGUCGCCGUGACGAAUCCAAAGAGAACCGUGAUGAGAUUCAACCACGAACCAAGUCAAGCCCAAAGAACAGUCCACGAACAGGACGCUCGCAGAGCUUAGGACCUCUAAGUAGAUCACCAAAGAGACAAACACCGAGGACACCGUCCGUCAGUAAAGAUAUCAAGGAGAAAGAGAAAGAACAUAAAGAUAAAGAGACGAGAGACAAAAGUGGCGAGCCAGAAAGGCAUCCUCGUCCGACGGUCGGACGUGUCCGGUGGAGCAUAAGAGAGUCCUCUUCUUCCUCAAAAUCCCCAGUGAUAGUGUCAUCGACAAGUCAGCCACCCAUACCAUCGUUAUCAACGACAUCUUCUGGCCCUGAGCCUACGCAACUUCAAAGAAGGCCCUCGCCAAGAGCGCAGCGCAAAUCCUACCUCGCGACCACUUUAUCCCAUCGUCCUGUCAAUCAUCACGCGAAAAAUACUACCAAUGUACCAAACACAUCAAGUGCCGUUAAAGUCCCUUUGGUUAAACAUUCGGUUCAUCAAAGCUCUCGCGACGGGUCCGGCUCCGGUAGCACGGGCCCGGCCAGCGGUCGAUCUACCAGCUCUACAGCAACCUCGGGCUCGAAAUCUUUGGACCGGGUUACCAACCGGACCCAAGCACUAAACCGAGCCCGAGGAGCAGCCAAAGCCAAGGCCACAUCCGCGCCUGCUGACCCAUCCAAAUCAUCCUCCGACAAUCGAUUUCAAUCAAACCGAGCUAAUGCAGCCCUGCAAGCUAUGACGGCAGAACCACAGGUGAACGGAGAUGCUACCGGAGGAGAUUCGAGCGUCGCAUCGACCCCCCCGUCGCAAUCUGCCACCGUGCAAGUGCCAUCGGCAACCGCAGUGAUAAGCAGCAGCCCGUGGUUCGACGACGAGCCGGUGGUCAAGAGUCCGCCCGAGCCAACAAGGGUCAAGUCUCCAGAGCAAAUGAUCAUGCGAUCUCCAGAACCAGUCAAUUGGACAGUUCCCCUAGACACCGGCAAGACGUUCACCGUGACCCAAAACGUGAGGGAGGGGGAACCGUUGACCAGACCGCACAGCGAAGCGAAAACCUGGGUAGCACCAUCAACAGUACCAUCAGCUCCACAAUCAGCUCCACCGGAGUUAGCAGCACUGCACAAAUCCCAUCAACACUCUCAACACUCGGGUUACAAGUCACCAGAGAGCGAGAGUGUCUCCCUGGGGAGUUAUACAGGUCUGAAUGGGCACAAGGACCCAGAUUCGGAGAGAGACAGUCCUCUGCCCAGCAAUCUACAGGGUACACCCACACCAACUCAAAGUGAUAAGGAUUCAAUGGCCCCAGAGGAACACAAAGAGCCUCCACAGGAUUCUUCGAUAAAACCUGUGGCUGGAACGAAUUUGAGAUGUUUAGAAGACCCAGUAUUUGAAUUUGAAAAGAGCCAAACAGAAUCAGCCACUCCAGCUACAACAACUGCACCAGCGACGACAGGAGCUGUAACGCAUGGUGGAUAUAGAGUUCUAGAAGCUGAAAGUCCUGUAGCACCACCGGGAGGAAGUGGUGCCAGUGGAACAAUGCCUUUUAAUGUGGCUAUGGGAACACCAACUCUAAGUCCUGGAUCUGCUCAAAGAUCAGUAGCAAGUGAUGUCCUUGAAAAAGCACGUAAUCGAUUUGACAAGUUUUGGGGUAAAGGUGGCUCUGAUAGUCAAGCUUAAAAAUAAAAUGCAAACAAGAUGCUACUGAAAUAAAGACUAGAUCACAGAGUUUGAUAAGAUGACAAAUGAGAAAGUGAAUGUCAACAUUUCGCUUGUCAUCUUUCUAAGCUAAGUGCUUGUCUUUGUAGAGCGUGAUAAUGAACUGUGUGAAACACUCUUAAGGACUCACUUAAGAAGUGUAUAAUGAUGAAGAUAGUAAAAACAUAGGACAGUCUUGAUGAUAGGGAUAAAAAUGCAUGACAGUGAAAUCCCAGGAUAGCGAUUGACACAUCGCUAGAAAAGCUUCAUAUGCUAUUAUACGAUAUAAAUUAAUAGUCUUGCCUGCUUUGUGCAUUUUAGAUUACUCAUGACUCGAGGAGAAAAAUAAUAAUAAAGCAAAAAAAUAAAUAAUAAUGAAGAAAACUAAUAAUUAUUAUUGAUAAUGAUGAUGAUAUUAAUGACGAUGAUGGUGUUAAAGUUAUUCAUUUUUGCAUCAAGAAUUUAAGACCAAGCUUUUGUUAAUCUAGCUUCUUAAAAUUAACCACGAGUUAUCCAUCAUCUUUUAGAAUUGAGAAAAAUCAUUUUUUAAAUAAAUAACCAUUCACGUUGGCUAAAUAAUAAUAGGAAUCAAUUUUUACAUUGAAGACAUUUUUUUUCAUCUUCUCCUCUAAGAAUUUCAAUGUUUACAGCCAUUUAUUGAUCUUAUGAGAGUAAACUAUGAUUUAAUACUCUGAUCAAAUUUCUUUUAAAACUUUUUUGUUUGGUUUAAAAAUGAUUUUUCCUCGGCAACAUCAACAAGAGGAUUUCCUUCGAUGCUUUUUACUAGCCAAUGUACUCGUGAUCGAAGCCUGGUUCAUAAAAUUCAUCAAUCUCCACAAAGAUUAAUCGAUAAUUCUAGAUAGGUUACAUUAUUAAAAAAAGAAAAUGAAGAGAAGAAAUAAACGCUGGUGGAAAAUGAUAAACAAUGACAUAAAUAUUCAGAAUAAAUUCAUCAAAAACAAAAAAAAACCGAAAAAAAUCAUCAACGUAGCUAUAACAAAAAAAUCGAACGUUUGCUCUACGUUACAUUCCGUCUGAAAUUUUUUAAUAAACCCUUAUUUAUUUAUUUAUAUCCACGGAAUUGAGAUAAAUUUCGUGUGGUUUUGAAUCGAGCAGUUGAAGUUGACUCGUUACGACUGUAUCAACGAGAAAACAUAGACAUAAACUGAUUAUAAAUGAAUUACUGCUUUAAUUAAUUAAUCAAUUGAUUAUGAAUUGACAUUUUUUGUCUGUUUGUUAGCUAUUCAUCAACAAGAUAAAAAUUCUUGUUUAUGGUGAAAUAAAUCACCAGUAUGAUUCCAAUACUUUUAAGUGAUAUCUUGAAAAAUAAAUGACAAAACCCCUGAAGAUGUUCCCCGAGGAACAAUUAGCCGAUGAGCAUACGGGUGAUUGACAUUGACUUAUAUAUAUUUACAUACAAAUAUAUAGAUAGAAUUAAUACAUUGCCAUAGAAGACGAAAAAAUUUUGAAUCAAGUUUUUUAAUUAGCCUCGCAGCAGCGGCUCUUUGGGGAACAACUUCCUUUCUGGUGUUUUUAAUGAGAGACAAUGGAGUUAUUAGACCGAAAAUUAAUGGUGAGUAGUGGAACAAAAAUUCUGAAUUCAUAUAGUAACGAUAAAAUAAAAGAGCUUUUUCUCUCACGCGCGUUGAAUAAUACACCAGUGUAUACCACACUCCAUCCAGAUCCACGUCCAAAGUCCAAGAAAAUUUACCAACCGUAGUAACAGAAAGAAAACUAAUCAAUCUAAAUGAACUAAUUCAGGAGCUAAACAAAAACAAAAAAAAAAUAUAAAACAAAAAACCGAUGCAAAAAAAAUUUCAAAAGUAUUCAUAAAAUGACUGAUGGAAUUUGAUGAACGUAGGAUUGAGGAGGAUCUUAGCAAAGAAGAGUCAAGCUGUUUCAACUCAUGACCACUUUUACCUUCAUUUUAUUUAACCAGAACAUUUUUUCAAUACAUUUUUCUAAACAUUUUAUAGUAAAAUCAAUCAAAAUCAAAAUAUUAAAGAUUGUAUAAAACGAUAAAAACAUUUUUUAUCAUCUAAAAUGAACUUUUAUUACUCAAAUUUGUUUUAAAUAAAAAAUACUGUAGAAAUUUUGAAAUUGCUAGAAACUAGAUGAAUCAGGGAUUUGUAAAAUCAACAUGACCUUUAGGAUUAUCAAGUUAAAUCGAAUAAACAUUUGUUUUAUCGAUCGGUCAAGAUACUUUUGUAAUAAAAAAAAAAGAAAAAAACAAUCUGAAUUAUUGAUCUUUCAAUAUAAAAAAAUAUUAAAGAUUUUAAUUUCUGUGAUUUUCGUUAUGUUACAAAAAUAAAAAAGAAACUAUUUUCUGAACAAACAGUAAUAAGUAUAAUGUAAAAGUGGUCGUAAGUCCUUCAAGAUUAAAUAAGAUUUUGCCUAAGAACUGGUGGCUAUGCUCUCGAGCUUUUUCAUUUAUUUAACUCUAUUUUCUAUCAACGACAUCCAAAGUUAUGGCCUCUCUCUCAAUUAUAUCAGUUCGAUGCAUACAAAAGCAAGCCAAAAUCAUUCUUAAACUGCGGCAUACCUAAUUAGUGUUUACAAUUAAUUUUCAUUAAUUCAUAUUUUUAGCAUAAUGAUUAAUAAUAAAUGAUCUAUGAAAUAAAAUAAAAUAGAUGAAGGAUUUUUUUCGAGUGCACUUUGCAAGCUCACACUGCCCGUCUAAAUCUAUAGGCACUUCUUGUGAUCUUCUGGGUAAAAAAAAAUAACGCAGAAAUGAAGAAAUAUGUGAUUCUCUUCUUAACCCUUUGUCCAAUUGCCUCACGAAGGCAUCUGAGACUGUAAAAACUGGGCUUUUUAUUUUUUAUAUUUGAAACAUGAAAUGCGAAUAAUCGUUUUUAAAUGAUAACGAUUAAUAGAUGAUGGACCGAUGCACGUGCUGGCCACGAUUAUUUGUUUAUAUAAACAACAAAUGAUGUUCAGAAGAAGAACUAACGAGCGUUACUUUUAGAAACGAUUAAUCAGUGUAGAUGAGUGAUGACAAUCCCAUUUAAAAUUAAUAAUGUAAACGGGAUUACAUGGUAUGCUGCGAUUAAUAUUGUAGGUGUGAAAGAAGAGAGAGAGGACUAUAUUUUCCAGUAGACUGGAGAAAUAAAGUAGAAGACGAGAAAAAAGAAUAAAAUUACAAAAAAUUUAAAAAAAUAAUUAAUUAUUAAUAAUGAUGAUUAAUGAUUAUUGAUUAAUGAAUAAAAAUUAAGAGGAGUAAUCGUUUUGGAUUAAACAGAUAUCUAAAACGAUGAAGGCAACCCGGGAUUUCUUUUUGCAUCCCCGCCUUAGUCCGUAAUGCCUAUUAUGAAUAGAUAGAUCAUAUUAUACGACAAUUAUAUACAAUAUUUAAACAAUGAAUUGAAAUAAAGUGAACAUGAGAAAAAAAUGAAGAAGAAUUAAUGGUGAAAUCCAGUUAAAAAUUGUGCGCAUUGUGAUGAAAUAUGAAUUUUAAAAGAAAAAAUUGGAUUAAUAAAAGUCAAUUAUUUGAAAAUAUUUAAAUAUUUUCUAAUAAAUCAUUUGUUAAUCUACUUUCCUUCAUAAGAGUAUUUCAAGUUCAAAGUUUAUGCAAAAAAAAAAAACAAUGAAAUAACAAAAAAAAAGUAGACAAAGCUUUAUUUAAUAAAUAAACAUUUCUAAAUUAAUUGUUGAUAAAAUUUUAUAUGAAAUAAAUUUUUUUCUUUAAAAUUCAUUGUUUUGUCAAUGUGCUGAAAGCAAAAAGAGAUUCGAACCGAGCUGUUUUGCUAAAAUACGAGAAUCUUGGCAAGCUGGUGAUGCAAAGUAUAGUAUAAUUAAUAAAGUAUUGUUGAUUUAUUGUUUAUAUGAUAUGUCAGAGUUUAAGAUCGGAGAUACAACGAAUUUGUAACUCAAUAUGCGAUUUGAUUUUAGUUCCAAUUGAUUA